UAAGGAGAACUUGGGGAGCGCCGGUCAUGCCAACAUGCCAGGCCAGCUAUCUAUAUAAGCCAAGUUAUGUAUUGCUCGGAUGCUUCAGUCAGCGCUGAGAGGAAGAAGAAGAGGAAGAUGAGCUCCGGUUGGGUUGGUAGAGCUUCCCUCGUUCUUCUACUGCUCAUCGUCGUUUCGGUUUGCGCCGCAGGAGGCACCAGGGGUCUGGCCGAAGAAAAGUUUCAGAAGGAGCAUCACAACGCUGCGGCCAAAGAAGGAACAACAGCUCCAGGCAGCCAUCCGAGGAACCUCAUGGUGAAGACGAACGACUACGGCCGCUACGACCCGACUCCAGCGUUCUCCAGGCCUCACUUCAAGCCUAUACCCCACUGAUCUGCUGUGCUCCUGCACAGUCACAUAUAUAUAUGGUUAAACUAAUUAAAAAUAUAUAUACGUAUGUAACUAGAUCAGAAUUGAGGUGUAGUACUACGGUUAUCGUUUGUGUAACGUAUAUGCAGAUGUACAUAUUAUAGGUUCGACACCGGUUCCGCAAGUUUGUAACAUAUAUUAUAGCAAGAUGUUAUGUUUAUAGUGUUA